AUGAAUCAAGUUGCGUAUAGCAACGAAGUAUCAAUCCUGUCUGGUAUCGCUAAAUACGUCGGAUUCCCCGCGGCCCCAGCAAUGGCUUCUGCCACAGCUGCAGAAUUGGAGGAGGAUAUGGAGAAGAUGGGGCGGUCAAGGAUUGCUCGUGAAGUUCAUCAUCCAAGUUUACCAUAUCACGAGUUAGCUGCUCUAAGAACCGCAAGCUCAACAACGCGAUUUAGGCCUGCUGAAGAGCAGUACAUUAAAGAGACACCGUGGGCAAACCCUCAGCACCCAUCCCAUGCUCAUCUCCUCCAACGACAGGCCUCAGCACAACAGUCUCCUCGGACGAAGAGCCCUUUUCCGCAAGUGCAGGCUCCACAGCGACGCCACUCACACCAGCAUGGGGUCCCAAUAUCUGGCACCUUCUCAAACUCACCCUCAACAUUAUUACAACACUCAAAAAACUUGGCCAUCUCAGGUGGCCGAAUCUCCCCUCAUAACCCCCUUGGGACUACAGCUCAUGCGAUUGCGCCUUCCCCGCUAGGUAGUCGGCAGCCAUCACUAUCACCGGUGGAUCCGGACCGCCAGAAGACCAUUCCAGUUACUGGCAUCAAGUCAAAUGGCACGCAGCAGCAUUCUCCUCCGAACAAGUCUUCAGAGAUACCACGAGACUUUCCCCAGGAAAUUCGAAGGGAACAGGUUGCUGCAGCGAUAAGUGGCUUUUGA